ACCAGGACGUCUGGCUCUGCAACAACUGCACCCCAACCUCUCUCUCUCUCUCUGUCUUUGUUUUGUGGAUCACACCAAACCAAACUGGUACGCUUCUCUACUUUACUUCUCCAUUAAUUUCCUUUCCUUAAAGCUUGGAAAUAUAUACUAUUCUGAGCUGUGUGUUUGGAGUGGAGGCAGCAGCUACUCAACACAACACAACACAACACAUGUUUCCGGUUUCCUGAUUCCACGCCCUAAUGUCUAGUCUAGCUAUAGCAUGAUUUUCCAAAUGUUUACAGAUAUGUAGCCAAAUGAUCGACUUGAAUCCUCCUUGCUUGCUGCUUCUAAUGGAAUCAAAUUCAAUUUCAAGGUGAUGAUGGUGACCUUGUUCUUUUUCCACACUUAAUCCCCAGGUGAUGAGGAAGUGUUUCCGAAAUAAAAUAUCAUUCAUAAACCUGUACCUAGCAACUUGAUCUUUUGGGCCUUUUUGUCAAGAGUUUAUCCUUCUGAAGAUGAGUGCCGAAAACGAGAAAAUAAAACCAAAGACUGAUAUUGAACUCUUUCUCAAUAAUGCUAACCAGUGCAUUUGGAAAAAAUUGAAUAAUGACUCAGGUGCAGGUGCAAAUGCAGCCUCCAGGGCGGACAUGACACUUGCUGCCACUGACCCCCUAUCUGAAAUAGUUUGGUCUCCAGAUAAAGGUUUGAGUCUUAAAUGUGCUGAUUCAAGCUUUGCUCAUAAAAAUAGUUCUCUUCUUCGGGAUGUUGGAACAAGCUGUAUGGUUUUUGCUCCGCCACAAAAUUUUACUGGCGGCAGUUCUACCACUGAUAAACCUUUAGAUGAUGAUUUUCUGAAACCUAUAGCAGUUGUAUGUGCCAAGAGUGAUAUUGCUGAAGCAGAUGCUCCUACUAUGCCUCCUACAGGUGAUUCAGGUGUCAAGGCCAAGUGUAAAGCCUAUGAAGAAGAUGAUAUAGGAUCUGUUGGUAAUAAGGAGAAAGUAAACACCGCAGCAACAGCACCUAAUUUGCCUAAUGAACAAAAUGGGAAUCUAACGAACAAUUGGGAAAAGAUUACCGGUGAUCAAGCCAACAGUGGAACUGAUAAAGUAUCUGGGAUAGAGGGAAACAGAAUUUCUGCUAUUUCAGGCCAAGCUGACCAAGGGCCAUUUGAUCAUUUAUUACUUCAAUCAGAUGAAAAUAAACCUAGCAUGGACCAAAAUCCUUCUCCAGGGAGACAUUCUGAUGGAAGCGUAAAUAUUGGUCUUGAAAAAAAGGCUGUAGUAACUGAUGAUGAUUUACAUACUGCAGUUGAGCCUAUAAUUGAAUACAGAGGCUCUGGUGCUCAUGAGACUAAUUUAGCAUCCUCCAGCAAGAAUCCUUUAGAAAAACUGGAAUAUAGUGCAGAGAAUGAUUUGCAAACUUUCAACUGUGAAGCUGCUUGUGCUGGAACAAGCAGAGUUAAUGUUAGUGAGACUGAAAACAAAUUUCAGGACACUGAAAUGAUGCUACCAUGUGAUAAGAUUCUUCCAGUUUUGCAUUCUCCAUGUCAUAGCAGAAUUCAUAUGGCAAUAAACAAAGGCAAGGAAAAAUCCUUAUCAGAUGGGGAUGCAAAUGUAAUGUUAUCAAGGGAGGAGAAUGACAGCCAUUCAAGUGUUGAGAGCUGUAACAGUACUGGCUUUUUUUCAACAGGUAAGAAGAGACGUAACUUUCAACAACAGUUGAUAAUUGGGAGUAAAAGAGUCAAAAAGCAAAUUGAAGAAUCUUCUGGUCCCAAAUCCUAUGUUAAACAGGAUAACUCGUUCAUGAACUGGAUUUCAAACAUGGUGAAAGGACUCUCACCAUCAAUUCAAAAUGAUUCAAACACUUUGGCUCUUACCCUUGCAAAUCCAGAUCAUCAUAAUCUACCGCCUGACGAGAAACUUAUCGCAUGCAAUAUGAAUCAAGAUCCUGAGCCAAAAAAUACAGGAUUCAAAUCCAUUUUUCAGUCCAUAUGUUGUCCAAGCUUGAAGAAUGUAGGAACGAGAAUGUCUCAUCAAGAAGGAAAGAGUAGUCAGGAUUUAGUGCCAGGUAACAUGGAACAUGGAAUAGAUGCUACUCCAAUAACCUGUUGGGCAGAAAACAAUAGCCUUUCCAAACUGUGUUUGCAAUCAAAUAAGUUUGAAGUAUCUACUGGGGGAAAUGAUGCCGGUCUGUCCUCGCAGCCUAAGAUUAAACCUCUAAAUUUUUUUAACUGUCAUGAAAGCAGCAAAAACAACCCAGUGGAGACUAAAAAUUAUUCCAUCUUGGGCCAUAGUAAGGACAAGGAAGAAGUGGCAUCACAUUCAUCUUCAACCAAACAAAAUACAGAUAAUAAUGAUAACAUCGAUUCUAAUGUGCUAUGUGAUAGAAAGGAAGAAGAGAAUAUCUGUCACAGAAGAGAUAAUCUGGGAAGUCUGUGGAUAACUCGUUUUUCUCCAAAAUUCACUGCUCCCUUGAGAGAACAACCUGCCAAUGACACAGAGGUCUCUACUGAUCUUAAGGAAGAUAAGGGAAAUAAUGAUCAUAAAUCAAUGUAUUUGUUCAAACCCCUUUCAUCUUCCCCAGGAUUCAGAAAUUUAGAGCCAACGGCUUCAAUGUUUGGAAGGAGAUUUGGUGCCAUCAAACAAAUCAUACCAACAAAUGCAACAGAUACUACCACACAGGUUAAUAUGUUGUGUUUUUUUUGUGGAACAAGAGGACAUCAACUCUCUGAUUGCUUGGCUAUUGCAGAAAACAAGUUAGAAGAUCUCCAGAAGAAUAUAGAUUCAUAUGGAGGAUUGGAAGAACAUCAUUGUCUAUGCAUCAAAUGUUUUCAGCCCAACCAUUGGGCAAUUUCAUGUCCCACUUCAAUCUCAACUAGGAAACAUGAACUGAAAGCUAAUGCCUUGGUCAAUGAUUGUGGAAAACAUUUAAUCUCGAGCAAUGAAGGGAGUGCCAGGCUGCUGACUGAUGAGGAUGACCGAGUUUUAUCUGGAGGUUCUAUUAAUGAUGAAACAGAUCAACGAGCAGGUCAAAAUAUUAAUUUGAAGUGGAAAUCAAAUGAAAUUAUAACCCAUAAGGUAGGGUGCAAUGCAUCAUUCAAGAAAUACCGUGGUUUGAGUUCAGAGGAAAACAAAUUCAGAGAAAAUCCUACAUUAUCUCCAUCCAAAUUGGCUGAAAGGCAGAUUUCACAGGUGCCAAAGGAAAUAUUUGAAGCAGUAAAAAAGCUUCAAUUGUCCCGCACCGACAUCUUGAAAUGGAUCAAUACUCGUGGGUCAAUCUCUCAACUUGAUGGUUUUUUCCUGCGACUGCGGCUCGGAAAGUGGGAAGAAGGACCAGGGGGAACUGGAUACCAUGUGGCAUACAUAAAUGAGACCCAGUCCCAGAGACAGUGUUCAGAGCAGAAUACAAGAAAAUCUCUCUCAGUGAAAGUGGGGAGUAUCAAGUGUAUGGUCGAAAGUCAGUAUAUAUCCAAUCAUGAUUUUCUUGAGGAAGAAAUCAUGGAAUGGUGGUCCAACACCUCACAAGCUGGUGCCGAGAUUUCAUCUGAAGAAUAUAUAAUAGAAAAAUUUAAAAAGAAAGAAAUGUUAGGUCUCUAGGCAUUUAUUAAAUUAAAUGUUAAUAUAUUCAUAAGCAAGGUUACUCUCACUUUUAGAAAAAAGUUAUGUUUCCUUUUUAUUAUCCAAUUAAUUGUAUAUCAAAGGAAGCUUAAAAAUUUGAAGAUGGUGGCAACUCACCAUCAUGAUUUUGUGAAUGUCAUACCAAAACAUUCCUAUACAAAGAAUUGCUUCAUCUUACGCAAUGAAAGUUAUAGUAAUUCAUUACUCAGUA